GGACAAGCCGAGGCGAGCUCUGAAGCUCUGCGGCUAAAAACUUAUUAUUUCUUCGGACGCUACUGAAGAUGGCGGGCGCUCUGACUUUCUUCGCGAUUCUUCUCCUCCUGGGACAUUCAGCAGAAGCGAACAAGUGUGUUAAGGGCACGCGCAACCUGGCCAAGGGUCGCUCGGCCUAUCAGUGGAAUACUCUGUCCGGAGGAGUCGCCAGCCGCGCUGUGGAUGGGAACAAAAGUCCCUACUGGUCAAGUAACUCCUGCACCCACACGAAAGAGGAUAUCGACCCGUGGUGGCGAGUCGACCUGGGCAGCGAGCAUUGUGUGGCCGAGGUGGUCGUCGUUAACCGGAUGGACAGCUGUUGCAAAGGAAGGCUGGAAGGCUUCAAAGUUCACGUGGGCAACAGCGGUCAUCCAGCCUUCAACCCUAGCUGUGGGGGACCGCAGUCCGUCAGCAAACAAAACGACAAAGGGGAAAUCAGGGUAGACUGUGGCGGGCGGAGAGGCCGAUAUGUUGGGAUAACUCUGGAUGGCAACGAAAAAAUCCUGACACUCUGUGAGGUGGAGGUCUAUGGAGAGAAGAGCAGCCGGAAGCGAGGAGGAUAUUAUGGAGCACUCACAGGUACAGGGGCCCAGGGCAACGACUUGGAGAACGCAGCCUUUGAGGAAGAGGCCUUGGAGAAAAAAGCCUGGGAGGAAGAAGCCUUGGAGGAAGAAGUCUUGGAGGAGAUAGAAGCCUUGGAAGUUGCACUCGAGAUGGAAAAAUAGGCAUCCAAGAAAGGCGUCAAGAAUGAAUAGUGACGCCCACAAUAUUGUAGCUUAAACCUUAAGUGUCUACUCUUUAAGUAACUUCAUGUAACUUAAGCUUCAAGUAACUUGAGUCUCAAGUAACUUCGACCUUAAGUAAUUUAAACUUCCAGUUGGUUUAGACAUUGCGGUGUCCUAAACUUUAAAUUUCUUAACACUAAAGUGACGUAACCUUCAGAUGACUUAGCUAUCCAGUACUUUAACCCUCAGGUGAAAAUGUACCCGAAGUAGGGUUAAUCAUAAUUCCAUCAAAGUUUGACAUACAUCCAUAUACUUUGACAACCCACAAACAAAAGUCAGUGGAUAACUUGAGGAUUGAGUAUGCAAUAAUUCUAAGAAUAAGCUUACUUUUUGUUUAAUUUUAAUAAGAUCUCCAUUGGUGUGGUGUUAGAUAAAGUUUACACUAUUCUUCCUGGAGUCCGCACUGUUAUGAUGUAAAUCACUUUGUGUUCGCCAGGCCUCCAUCCGGGUAAUUUGUAAUGAAUCACCAACUUACAGAUAGUAGCUUUUGGACCAUCGCACACCGGGGCAUGUCCCUACUCUUCUGCGAAAGGUGUAGAUCGAACACUACUCAACCCUGCAAUCUUUUUUGCAACUAGUUUUGUAUUGGUUUAAACAUUAGUAUAAGGAGAUCAGGUGCACACAUGGACACACACACAUACAUACACCACACAAACACACACACAUACAUAAAAACACACACACACAUACACACACACACACAAUACGUUUUACACACAAAACGCAACACAAACUAAUAAAGAAAGGGGCAAACACAGGGAAGUUUGAAAUUUCAGAUGUUUGGUGGAUUUUAGAGUGAAGAACUGCAAUUUUAACAGAAGAAAUUGGACGUACCCAAAAUUUUCACUGCUCAUUAAUUGAAAAAGACUGGGGUUCUUUGCUUACUUACUUGAUUUUGUCGAGUCCAAACUUACAGAAAUCACCAAGACUGUCCAAAACUUGGUCCAGUUUCUUGUGUUGGAAACUGCAGUUCAAACUUGAUUCACGAAUACUAAUAAUGGUAAUAAAAGAGGUGAUCGGUUAAAA